UUAACCUUAACCCCGUCUCUUCUGGUGUCUUGGGUAACCAAAACAUUAUGAGUAUGAGAGGUUCUUUUUGUCAUGCGUAUGACUAAUAUUAUUAACAUAUCUGUUUGAUGCUUGCUUUUGAGUACAUUAAUUAAAGCUGUUCCUUCUCUUUCCUUUUGUCUCUCUUUUUUGGGGCUAAUCAAAUUACACACCAUAUUUUACUGAGAAAGAAGAAGAGAGAGAGCAAAGCAGAGUAGAAUUGGCAUAUGGGUCAAGCUUCUUCUUGCUGGGCUGACACAGCGAAGUGCAUUAACAAAUCUGAUGAUAUCAAUGGCAAUGGCAAUGGUAAUGGCAAAGAUCUCACACAAACACUACCAGACGAAUGCCUAAUAUAUGUUUUUGAAAAGUUGGGUUGCCAUGACAGAAACACAUGCUCUCUAGUGUGCAAGCGAUGGCAGCUACUGGAUUCAAAGUCCAGACAUCGUCUCUCCUUGCAUGCUCUCUCUGAUAUCUCUGCUUCUCUUCUCCAAGCAUUGCUCUCUCGUUUCAGCUCUGUCUCCAUUCUCUCCCUCAAGUGCUCACGCAAGCAUCUCAGCAUUGACAACCAUGUCCUCUCUCUCAUUCCCACACUGCUUCCUUCACUCAACAAACUCAAACUCAGAGGCUGUCUCGAUGUAUCCGAUGAUGGUCUCAUCGCCUUUUCGCUCCACCACCCUCGUUUCCUCACAAAACUGUCGUUUGCUUCUUGUGGGUUUGGUGUCAAGGGCCUUAUUUCUCUGCUCUCUAAUUGUCACUCUCUCCGAGACCUCACUCUCAAGCGUCUUCGCAAGCUGGACUCCCACAAUGUCAAUACCCUCAAUUUCAACCUCUGUCAAAUCCAAAUCGAGCGACUUUGUUUCAAGGAUCUUCACAACACUCGCCUUUUCAUCCCGCUUCUCUGCUCCUCUAAGGCUUUGAAAACGCUGGUUGUGUGUAGAAGCUCAGGAAAUUGGGACACAGUCCUUGAAACUAGCCUGCAAGGAAGGGCAAGUAGCAUUUUCGAGAUCCAAAUGGAGAAUGUGCACAUGGGUGAUGCAGGUCUCUCCGCCAUCUCUGCUUCUUGCCCUGACCUUCAACUUCUAUACCUCAACCGAGCCACGGAUUGUACAGACAGUGGAUUAAACGCCAUUGCAAACUCGUGCAGGAAGCUUAAGAAGUUGCAUGUAGACCACGCAGGGAGUAUUGGCGAUGAUGGGGUCUUGGCUAUAGCUUCCAAGUGCUGCCAACUCCAAGAGUUGGUGCUGAUGGGGCUUCCUGUAACGCUUGUGUCUCUGAAUGUCCUCGCUUCAAGCUGCCCUUUACUUGAGAGAAUGGCACUUUGCAACACAGAAACUAUUGGGGAUUCCGAGAUGGCUUUCAUUGCUUCAAAAUUCUGUGCCUUGAAGAAGCUAUGCAUCAAGACUUGCCCCGUCUCUGAUUCUGGGAUUGAAGCUGUUGGGGAAGGUUGCCCCAAACUCGUGAAAUUGAAGGUAAAGAGGUGUAGAGGGGUGACUCAGAAAUGCGUUUCGCGACUCAGGUUGCACAGGACUUCUUUGGUGGUUUCGGUAGAUGCUGUUUGGCCUAAGUCGUUUGAUGAACAAGGAAUGCUAGCAAUGGUAAAUGAAACUGAAACAUCACCAAUGCCAAACACUAGGAUGCACAGGAGUACGAGGACUGAUGUUAUUUGCAGCAGCAGAAGUGCUAGCUUGCUUAGCUCUAAUUUAUUUGGGAGAAGACCCAAUUGAAGAUAUGUUCAAACUCAUAUACCAUAUAUGAUCAAUACCAAGUGUGUGUGUGUGUGUGUUUUUACUUUUUUCUGACUCAUUGGAGUUGUAUUCAUACUUGUUCCUAUUCCUUGUAAUCUACAAUUUUGUUUGAUCAUAUUUGCGAAUUUUCCUUUACAUCUAUCAGAAAUGAAUUGUAACAUUAUGCUACACAA